GAAGCUGCAGGUGAGGAGGGUGGAGUUAAGAAAACACACACAAGGAGGAACAUAGACAAACAGAGAGCAGCGCAUUGAUCCCCUGAGCCGGAGAAACCACCUGAGAAAAACAACACAAUGAAGAUCUGAACCCGAACAACACAUUCAGCCGGGAGGAUGUAUGAAAGGUGUCCGAGUGUGUGAAGGAGGGAAACAUGAGAACGCAAUAACAGGAUUCAACCUUUGAUCUGUGGGAAAUAACUGAAAUAGCUGAAAAUGUCUUCAGGAUCAGAGGGAGACGCCAGGUGCGAGCCCGGAGAUAAUAUCUGUGUGGUCCGUUUGUACGAGCAGGAGGUGAUUGUUGUGCCCGUCUUUCUGCUGGCCUGCUUCUUGGUCACUCUGGUCUUCGUUCUCCUGCUGCGCUAUUGUCCAGAGAAAGUCGAUCGCCUCCGUCCGCAGGCCUCGAAGCCGGCCUCCAGGAGAGUGCUGCAUGGCAUCGAUGCUCCACCAGGUAUCAACGUCAUGGAGCAUGAGAGCAUCGCUCUGGACACGUCCAGUACCUACUCCACCUUCAUCCCUCAGAGCAUGUACCCUUCCAGAACCCCCUCCAAGACUAUGGCCACACUCUCCCUCCCACCCGGCCUCCCACCUAGUCUCCCACCCAGCCUCACACCGCAGCCCUUACAGCCCAGUUUCACUCCCAUCGUCCAGCCCAGGGAGUUGCCCCGUCAGAGGCUGCCUGAGUCCUUCAAACUGGUCACCCCUCUGCCUGUCGCCUUCUCCCUGCGGUCCAACACCGCUGUGUCCCUCUACAGGGCCCGAAUGGAAAACAGGAAUGUGGUGCUGCGAGUCCUAAAGGACACUGCUGAUGCCUCAGAAAGACACAGCUUCCUAGAAUUUGCAUCCUUUCUGGCCCAGCUGGGGCCACAUCCCUUCCUGCCAGAGCUUCUUGGGGUGGUCUCACUUCGUGCUCCUCUGGUUACAGUUGUGGAAGAGCUGGAGAACAGAGACCUGCUCAGCUUCCUGUGGCGAUGCAGAGAGGAGCAGGUGGAUCCUCCAUGUGAGAUGACUGAGAGACGAAUCUUUACCAUGGCCAAGCAGGUGGCCUCAGCACUGGAGUUCCUUCACAACAAAGACCUUCUGCACGGAAACAUUCGUGCCCGCAGCGUACUGGUCACCAAGGAGUCCACUGCCAAGCUUUGGGGCCUGCAUGGGGUCUACACAAGGAAGAACCAGGGGGCCACAAAGAGAGAGGAUCCCGGUAUGAAGAAAUGGCAGGCACCAGAGCUGCUAGCCAAGAAACCUGCCAGUCAGAGCAGCGACAUUUGGUCAUUGGGCAUUUUACUUUAUGAAAUGGCAACAAUGGGUGAAGCUCCGUUUGCAGAAAUCUCAGUGAAUGAGCUGCUGCAGUUUCACCAACGAGGGAAAAGUCUGAGAAAACCUUCAAACUGUUCCAACGCGCUGUACUCUGUCAUUAAGGGUUGCUGCCAGUGGAAAGAUCAAGAUCGACCCUCUCUGGCAGAGGUGAGCCGCAAGAUCAUCUCCGCAGAGAAGAAUGCCUCGGACAAAGUCCUCAAGGUGUCGGGGACCGUUAACAUUGAGAAGUACCUGCAGGAGGCCGGAUACGGGGAAACCAACAGCUACACGGUUUUCUGAUCAGUUUUCUGCCGAAACCAGGACAACUGAAUGUGAAAUAAGUUCACUUCUGGGAACCAUUCAUUUUUAUUUAAGUAAGAUCAUAAAUAUCCAAAUCGUUG